AGGAAGGGGAGGGACCGCCGGCCUCUCCAGCCGCCCGCGGAGCUGCGAGCCGCCGGGAUCGGCCCGGGAUCGGCAUGUCGGCGCCCGGGACGGGCAGGCAGCCGCCGCCCGCGGCGCAUGGUGACAAGAAGGCAAGUGAAGCUUCUUCCAAGGCAGGAGAGAAAAAAGCAGAAGUGGAAGAGAAGAACCAGGCAAGUGCUAAUGUCAGCAAGCCACUCCAAACAGAGACAAGUGGAGCAGCUGCUUCUGCUCAGAAGCAAUCUCCUGCGGAUGCAUCGAAACCACAAAUUAUGAAGCCAUCUGAAACUAGGCCAACAGACUCUCAAAAUAAACAGCUGUCUGAAGAGAAACAAAAGGAACCCAGUGAUGGAAAAAACCAAACCACACCCACUGUGACAACAGCUUCCAAACCAAAUAACACAGGAAAAGUAACUACAACUCAGACUGAUCAGCCUCCACCAGCAACCCCCACAGAGACAGCAAAGCAAAAGUCCAAGGAUGUGUCCGCAGUGACUGCUGCAGCUGCUGGAACAGGCACAGCUGGUGCAAGUGUGGUUGUUGCUGCUGACAAAUCAAGUACUGAGCCUGGUAUGGAUGAGUCAGCACUUGAUAGCCUAAUAGAUACCCUUGGUGGACCUGAGGAAGAUGUGCCUACUACUCCUGUUUACACUGGCCCAGAAAUUACGGAAGAUAUAUAUUCAAGAUACUUGGAAGAAUUGGGCAAACGGGAAGGUAGUCUCCCUCCAGAGUAUGUUAAACUGUUGAAGAGCAAAGGAGAUGGCAAAGAUGUGGUCCCACCGAAACCAAAUGAGCAAGAUGAAAAGCCAAUGACAGAUGAUGAGCUUGCAGAGGCCCUGUCAUCUGACUUCACCUGCAGUGCUGCUUCUGCUCAGGAGAAGAAAACAAGUGUGACAGAGAAAUUAAAUAAAGAAGGAGAAAUAGUGCAGGCACAAGCAAGUUCAGUUAAGACUUCAGCUCGUUCUAAGGAGAAGAAAACAAAAUCAAAAGAGGAAAUUAAAGAUGAUGCAAUGGAUGCUCUUCUUGAUACUCUUGGAGGACCUGAACCUGAACCUGAAGAAGAUCCUACACCUAUUGCAGAGGUGUCAGAGGCAAAAGCCAAAGAGAAAAAGGAGCAAAAGGCUGGAGAACGUGAUGAUACAAUACCUCCAGAGUACAGGUUAAUGCCAGAGUUGGAUAAAGAUGGAAAACCAAUAUUGCCGAAGCCUGAAGAAAAACCAAAGCCUUUGAGUGAGUCUGAUCUUGUUGAUGAAUUUUCAAAGGACUUUGCCUGCCUUGCACAGCCUGCAGUACAACCCAAAGCACCAAAGCCCAGCAAAAAGCCAUCAGGUUCUGUGUCUGCAAAAGCCACUGAGGAUAAAGUGGUACUCCGUGCCACAGCUUGCACUGUGCAGUCUGGAGCUCCUGUGCCUUCAGUUGGUCCUGUGUCAGAUGAAGCACUGGAAGCCUUGUCCAGUAGCCUAGGAAAGAGGAAGGCUGAUCCAGAUGAGAAAAAGCCUGCUGUGGACAAAGUUAAGGAGAAAACCAAAAAUGAACAAUACAAAAAACUGGGUGAAGAAGAAGAAACAAUUCCUCCAGAGUACAGAUUAACAGAAGCCAAAGAUAAAGAUGGAAAACCACUCCUACCAAAACCAGAAGAAAAGUCACAGCCUAUGAGUGAAAAUGAUCUUUUAGAGGGUUUGACAGAAGGAUUUUCCUCUUCUCCAUCACCACCUGCACCAUUAUCUACAUCCGCUGUACUAAAGAAAUCCAAGGAUAGUGCCAAGCCUGCAAGUUCCUCGGAUGUGAUCUCUGCUGCUACGGUUUCCUCAGUGCACUCAGCAGCCCCUGCACCUUCUACUACUGGAGGAAAAGAGAUGGAUGAAGCCUUGGAUCUCCUGUCUGAUUCCCUGGGACAGAGGGAACCUGACCCUGAUGAGAACAAACCGCUUGUGGAUGAAGUGAAGGAAAAGGCUAAAUCUGAACACAGAGACAAGCUUGGAGAGAGAGAUGAAACAAUCCCACCUGACUAUCGAAAACUUCUGGAGUCAAGUGAGCAGAGUAAACCAGCAAAGCCAACAGCAAAGGAUGAUGUGAAGCACAAAGGAAAGAAGAAACCUAUGGAUGACAGUGCAGCUAUUGAUGCCUUAUCAGGUGACUUUGAUACUUGUGCAAAGGCUCCUGCUACACCCCAGCACUCAAAGUGUAGGACAAAAGUGGAAAGGAAUCUACGACCACUAAGCCAAGCUCAAAGGAUAAAGGAAAGCCCAGAGACCCUAAAACGGCAAAGGGACAGUCCUCCAGCAGCAAAUCUGAGAAGCAGAAAACAAGCUAAACGUUAACCUUACCAGGAUCCUGCUGCAUCAUGUAAAAUGUCUUGUUCCUGUGGGUGGAUUAUUAUUCUUGAAGAACAAAAGCUGAUGCCAAAA